CAUGCGCAGUGGGCUACACAGAACGUUCAUAGUUCGUGAUAGGUAUUGGAUUGCACUCUGGGGAAUCUGGAAGUUGAGAAUUAUUUUUGAAAUAGGCCUACAUUCAAAGAGUUGUAAAAAUAUCGGAAAGAAUAGCAAUAAGAAGUAGGCCUAGAUCGUACUACAAACGUUACACAAUAAUAACUGUCAGAUAACUGUCCUUGUUGAUUUCGGAGGGGAGAAACAGACAUGGAAGACUUCGGAACACCCCUGGACAAAAAUGCUACGGAGUUAACCGUUAUGGACGUCUAUGACAUUGCCGCGGUUGUGGGACAGGAGUUUGAACGCAUUAUCGAUCAGUUUGGAUGCGAGGCUUCACUGCGGCUGAUGCCCAAAGUGGUCCGGGUUCUGGAAGUUCUAGAGGUGCUGGUCACCCGAAACAAUAUCAACCCAGAGACGGAAGAGCUACGGCGUGAGCUGGACAGGUUGCGAAUGGAACGGAAUGACAGAUUGAAGAAAGAGCAGCUACAUCAAAAGGAGUUGGAGCUGGUGGAGGACGUGUGGAGAGGGGAGGCCCAAGACCUGCUGUCUCAGAUCACACAACUGCAGGUGGAGAAUAAGAGCCUUCGGAAGAGCCUGUUCCUAAAAGACUCACCUGUGACUGAGGACCUGCAGAGACAGGAGGGUGUGUCAGAGAGAGAGUGUCAGGUGAUGAAGAAGGUAAAGGAGGUGGUAGACAAACAGAGGGAUGAGAUCCGGGAUAAGGACCAUGAGCUGAACCUCAAGAACGAGGACCUGGAGGCGCUUCAGCUACAGCAGCACCGUCUGAUGAAGGUCAACCUGGACCUGCGGCACAGGAUCAGUGUGGUAGAGGCUCAGGGCAAGGCAGUGAUCCAACAGAAGGUUGAGCUGGAGGCUAUGUCCCAGGUGCGCCAGCAAGAGCUGGGGGCCCUGCGGCAGGAGGUGGCAAGGCUGAAGGAGGAGCGCAAAGAGUGGGAGCUGGACAUGAAGAGGUCAGCCGAGGAGGAACCAUCCCCAUCAAAGGCUGUGAUGACAGUGCUUACACCAGUGUCGGCCAAGUCCUUGGUACCAGCAUCAGCAGCCUCCAUCGUACACAAUUCUUUUUGGGCGGAAUGCAGAAGUGACCAUGAAUUCCUGGCACAGUGCUUUGAGUCAGAAGAGAGCCCUCCUUUCCUCCCGCUGUGUGAUGAGGAGCAAGAGGAGGAACCUGAUGUCCUGGACCAGAAGGAGUCCGACAGGCCCCACUUCACCCUCGAGGAGCUACGGGACGUCCUGAAGGAGAGGAACGAACUCAAAGCUCAAGUGUUCAUGCUGAGAGAGGAGCUCAUCUAUUACAAAAGUGAGGAGUUAGAGAAUGAGAUUUACGGCAUCAACUUGGAUCCAUCACUUCAGUCACAGCCUGCAACCACUGAACAGCCUGACUCAGGGAUCAAACGUCUGAUAUUCACUGCAGUAAUGCCGAUGGUAGCAGCAGGGUUGAUUGCAGACGAUCCAACGUUACAGCCGAUCAGACGACUUAUGUCCUGUGUAUGAACUUUUACAUUUAUUUCAUCUCUUUUUGUGAUGUCAUUGUUCUUGAGCCAAGCACCGCCACUGUGCCAAAGCCCCUCCACCGCCUGUCAUCUCAAAUGCAAUACUUCCUUGUGAUCAUGUGUGCACGAUGUGUGAGUAGGAUGUGGGAGUAUUCUUAUUGGCUGAUAAUGUGUAGAUCUUGAACCAGCUCAUCAUAGAAGAUGCCACAAUCAUAAAAAAUUGUCACUUUUUGCCAAUAUACUAAUCCAGCAACUCACUAUUACAAGUACAAAUCCACAUAUGCAUGUUGUCUGAGUUAGGAUUUUCCCAUAGCAUGGAUAUUCACUGUUGACAGCUCUUCAUUUGUUGAAUAAAGUGGAGUGACUAACUAGGUUAACCUCUGACAGGGCAAAGCUUAUGCACCUCCCCAACCUUUUGUUGAGCACUUUUCCUCAUGCAUGCUCUCAUUCUGCUUUUGUCCUCACUCUGAGAACUCAAUGUUCUCACUCACUCUUCAUGAAUAAUCUGAAGUGUAACCAAUGUAUUUUAUUGAUCUAUUUUAGCAGUAAUAUUGUCAUGGCUAGUUGAUAUAUUUUUUUUUUUUGCAUGGUGUAACCUAAAUUCUUAAUUUCUCUCAUUGCACCUAUCCAGGUUUAGCAUCUUCUCUGGAGAAAAGAGGUGACCAGAGGAAGUGAUUUGUUAUUUGCACACAGAGCAGGCUCAGGAGGCACUGAAGCAUCCAUAACCAGGGACCUACACUGAAUGCACAAAACAUAAGGAACACCUGCUCUUUCAUGACAGACUGACCAGGUGAAUCCAGUUGAAAUCUAUGAUCCCUUAUUG